AUGACUAGACGAUGUGAUACGGUUAAUGACGCCUACUUUUACGUGGCAUUGAAGUUACUGGGUUCAAAUGCAAAUGAGCCACACUACACCACAUUAGCCACACCAACCAGCCACACCAACCAGCCACACCAACCAGCCACACCAACCACAGGACAUUACACCACACCAACCACACCAACCACACCAACUUCACCACACCACAUAAACCACACUAGCUACGCUACACCAGCCACACCACACUACACCAACCACACCACAGGACAUACGUAUCGACACUGCAGACGGGAUGGAGCCUGGAAGAGGGACAGACGCAACAUGUCGAAAUCAGAUUAUACCGAGUGCUACUUCUCUCCUAUGUUUUGGCUGCGCACCUUCAUCCCAAUGGCUGUGAACGUGUUGAGCAUGGUCACUUUGAUACCCAGCAUCAUACUGUUCUCCGUAUUCAGAGACCUCCGUAGGCAGUUGCGCAUCCAGUUGCACAUCAACCUGUUCGUCUCUUUGCUGCUGGGCUGCGCUACCUCCAUGGGCUCCGGUCUCAUCAUUGAGAGGAGUCUCAAGGCCAACAGCUUCGAGGAGACCAUCAUCCACAACAAUCCUGUUUGGUGCCGGAUACACACACUCAUCCAGCUGUACUCCAAGAACUCAUCCUACAUGUGGAUGUUUUGUGAAGCAUCAAGUGGCGGAUCUAAGUGGGAGUUCAGGGCGCACCGAGUUCACGGUGACGGAUCUCAGGGCGCAUUCCCACUAAACCAUGAAAGAGAAAAAUACGGAAUAUCCCGUGUUAAAUCAAGUAGUAAACUAAAACUAACCAAAAGAGUUAUUAACUUGAGAACUUUAAAAACCAUUCCCCGAACUGGAAUGGGAAUUAGCAAAAAAGUCACAAAAUGUUCACAAACAAAUCGAGUCUGGUAG